ACGAUUUGAUGGAUCGGAUCAGUGUUCCUUUGCAUGAGAAGGAAGCCUAAUUGUUCUGUUAUUUGUUAGUUUUUACCAAUUCCUUCUAAAAAAUUGUACAGCAAAGAUGACAUCUCGCGAAUCAGGUCGAAUUCGCGAAGCGGACAAAAAGCGUGUUCUGGAUGACGCCUCUCGGAAACGUCGCGCGCGUAAAGCCCUAGAGGCCCUCGAACAGGAUAACUAUCAUGAAGACCCACAUGCCGAUUUGGUUAUGUCGAAAAAAAUUCCAAAGUUUCAGGACAGCCUUGAUGGUUCCAACAAUACAAAGAAAAAAACAAAACGUACCAAAGGGGCCGAAUACUACAGGGCUAAGUAUCGGAAAACUUUUCCUCAGCUGCUAGAGGAAGAUAAAAUGCAACGACCGGAUGGGCCGACCUAUUUUACCGCUGCUGCACCACCGUCGAAGUUUCCCGAGCGGCAUUUCUGUGCCGUUUGUGGUUUUCCCUCCAGUUAUACCUGCACCGCGUGCGGAACUCGUUACUGUUGUGUGCGUUGCUUGGGAACCCACCAGGACACGCGCUGCCUCAAGUGGACCGCCUAAGUUGCCUUCGAAAUUUCGGAGUGGAUUUGUUUUGAAUAGAAUAUCUGAAGA